AAAAUCUCUCUUUUCUUCUUCUUUAUUUCUUUUUCUCUCUCUCUUUAAUUUUUUUUUUCUUAUCUUAUUAUUAUUUUGAAUCAUUUAUUGUAUGUAUCAUUCAUUUUUUGUUUAUUCCCUUUAUGAACUUGGUUGCUUCUUCAAACGUCCCUCCUCAUAUUGAGUCACCUACUUGGUUUAAACGACUUUUAUCUCGAUGGCCUAGAAAACGCGAUACUGCUACUUCAAUAGCUGCUGCAACUGAAAAAUAUAUUCGACAUACUUCCACCAUUCAAUGUGAAAAUUUGACUGCCAAAGAAUUUGCUCAUUUGACCGGGAUCCAUCUUAAAGAUGAAGAAGAAGAUGAUGACAACUAUUCACAAACAACACGUUCUGCUUUAUUACAUGUUCAUACUCCUACUGCUACUAUUCGUUCUAGUCGUACUACUGCAUCAUGUAAAAAACCAAGAAUAUGGGAUCAAGAUUUUUGGCAACAUCAACAAAAAUCAUCUCAUCUUUCAAGAACGAAUACUGUAUCAUCAUCAUCAACACCAGCCACAAGCAAUACGACAGAAUCCUCUUCAUCUUCGUCUCACCAUACCACUUUGUCGGCGAUUUCUGGCUUUUCAUCCAUGUGUUCAGCCACCACGACAUUGACUACAUGUAGUGGUCAUGAAGCAUUUUUGACUCAAUUAAGACGUAAAUCAACUCAACUUUCAAGUUAUUCUAUAGAUGGUAGACCUUGCUCUGUUAUUCAAAAAGGAAGAUUCAAGAUCGUAGUUGGUGACCAUCCUAAUCAAGAAGAUGAUGCUAUCGUAGGACAAGAACAACAGUCUGACCCGGUCAUCGUCACACCUCCUGUCCUGGAAUGGAAACGCAAGCGAUCACAAGAAGCGUCAUGUACUACCUUAUCAGAUGAACCCACUUUGUGUAAAGAUUGAUUGAAUCUUGUAGAUAUAUACCCAUCAUCUUUUUUUUUUUUUAUUUACAACAUUACCAUCAUUAUUAUUAUUAUUAUUUUGUAUGCCCCUUUAUAUAUAUAAUAUAUAUAUAUAUAUAAAUAUGCUUCUCGUUUAUAUUUAUUUAUACCUCCCAUUGUAAAUAGUUUACCUAUGUUUAUUAUUUUUAUUUUUAUUUUUAUUUAUAUAUUUU